AUGUUUCCGGCCAUCUUUUCCCCGGACAGCAUUUCUGCGAGGUUGGAGAAAGAGAACUUAUGGUGUCACUAUGUGUUUCUGUCUCACCCUGAACACGACAAAAAAUCCAAAGGCCUGGUGGUAACAGGUUACGGCGCUGGUAGAGCAAUGCUCGGUGUCGCCGAAACCUUGACGGUAAUGGUGAUUUAUGGUGGUAUCAAAGAAUCGCAAGAGCCCGAGGCCGCAGUCGUGGAGAGGUCAGACGUUGUCAAAGAGACACAGUCGCUCUACGUAGGUUUGUGGAUCGUGGUGAAAGAAUUGCCACUGUACGACUCCGCCCAAUAUUUCCUUUUAACGAGCGCUAUCACUAUUCACAAGCCGAUUGCGCCAUUCUCCCUAUCCUUCACCUUGCGAGCAAUAGGGGAGUGCGGAUGGCCCCUUGGCUCGAGCCAAUUUCAGAAUAACGAGGAAUCCUGGGAUCGCCCGAUCUUCGCAAGGCAGGGCUGCAUAUAA